AUGCAUUUCUCAUCGUUGCUGGCCGUCGCUGCCCUGACUACACUCGCUUCAGCCGCUCCUGUAGCAGACAACUUGCGUGACUUGACGUACGGCGACAGAACGGCGUAUGCUUCGGCGUGGAACGCAGGGCACGCUCCUCCACAGCAGUCAUAUUACCCAGCACCGGGCGGACAAGGUGGAUAUCCUCCACCACCUCCUCCACCAUCGGGAGGAAACAAUCAGCCAAGCCCGGGCAAUAACGGUCCAGGAAGCCCACCACCAGACAACUCCCAAGGCAUUCCCGCCCCACCAAAGCAGGCGAGCGACAAGCCUUUCGCUCUGGACAACGGCUUCCCGACCGUACCCAACCCAUCCGAUGCGUUGACUAAAAUCAACCUGGCCGCACGAGGGACCCUCAGCAACGCCCCUCCACCAGCGAACCCUCCCUCGGCGCAGACCCUUACUUCCCUGAAGCUGAUCGCCUUCAACGAGCUCUUUGAAACAUUCUACUUCACCGAGCUGCUGAAGAACGUCACCGAAGGCGUUAAGGGCUAUGGCUUCCAGGACCAGGCGCUAAAGAAGAAGGUGAUUGAUACAUUGGUGGCAGUCCAGGCGCAGGAGCAGCUUCACGCACUGAAUGCGAAUAAUGCGCUGAACCGGUUUAAUGCUGGGCCGAUCAAGGCGUGCCAGUAUGAUGCGCCGGUGGACAACUUCAUUGAUGCGAUCAAGUUGGCGAGCACGUUCACUGACGUGGUGUUGGGGACGCUGGCAGAUGUUUCGGUGGUCGCCGGUCAAAACGGUGAUGCUGGAAACAUCCGCGGCUUUACUGCCUCGCUAGGCCAAGAGGGAGAGCAGAACGGAUUCUAUCGGGACUUGCUUGGCAAGAUCCCUUCCGCUCUGCCGUUCUUGACUGCUUCGCUGAGGGACUUUGCUUUCUCGGCAUUGAACCAGAACUUUGUCGUAAAAGGAUCUUGCCCGAACAUCGACACAAUCGAUCUCAAGAUCUUCGGCACUCUGACGCUCGAGACACCGGGUGACAUCCAGCCCAAGGAUCAAAAUCUGGAUUUCUCGUUCCCAUCGGGUCAGAACCAGGGCAGUGGCAAGCUGUCGCUCGUCUACAUCAAUCAACAGAACGUCCCUGUGGUGCAGCCCAUCCAGCAGCUGACCGCCAAGGGGCCAGACGGCAAGAUCCGGUUCUCUUCGCCGCUGCCUUACACCAAGAAUCUGAUGAACGGCCUGACUAUCGCUGCUGUGGUCGAUGGUGAAGGACCAUUCCCUAACAUCACAUCGGUGGGCGCAAAGACGCUGUUCGGUCCGGCAUUGAUUGAGAUCAACUAG